AUCUGACACACUGCUCAUCCACCUCUGGAGUGAGAAGUACCACAGAGAGAAAAGAGUGACUUUAUAAAUCUCAGGUUCUUUUCGAAUAGAGAAAACAAGUUACGCGACACAACGAUGAAUAUAUUAACAACUAUCUCAUUGCUACUCCUGGUUUGGGCGACUAAACAUGCGAACGCACAGGUUGAGCUCCCGGAUGUCAUCAUCGGCGACCCCAAUGAUGCGAGCAAUGACGUCGUGGGCGCCCCGAUUUCAGAAAAGGAACUAGAGGACAGUCUGGACCUCGACCUGGUGAACCUGCAGACGGAGGAGGACCCCAUCACCACAUCGGGGUUCUUCCAGGGCGACAUCAUGGUGGCGUCGGAGGAUCAGCUGUAUCAGAUCCUGGAGGGCGAUUCCGACGGCCAGAACAGCGCUAUCAGAAACCCUCAGAAAUUAUGGCCGAACUCCGCCAUUCCCUACGUCAUUUCUGCUACGUUUUGUAAGUAAAACAGCGACCUUUUCUAAAAGUGUCUGGUUAUAAGAG